AUGGUCAUGACUAGGUCGAAGCGGGCGAAGCGGAUCGUCCGCUGUCUGUCCGUGGCUCAGCACGAGGACCGCGCCCUCGGCUGCUCGACCACUCCGCUUAUCAGAUAUAAUUUGCUGCACAACUACCAUCGCUGCAUCCAUGUCUUCGUCGACCUCGGCGAGCCCUCGGAACCGUUCUCGUUUCCUUCCUCUUUUGACGCGAUGCCCAAGUUUCUUAGGUCACAGCUGGACGCCCAGAAGAUUGCUGACGGAACCAGACUCUGGUCGCAGGUGAUACCCAUCCUGACCUUCAUCCAAUCCAACCUUCGACGAUUGGGAAAGCUGCGCGGGUUUCCGACCCUGUUUGUCUGGUACUGCCGAGAAAACCACCGCUCCUACUUCUUCUUCGCUUUUGUCGACGUCAAGAUGGUUUCCAAAACCUACAGUGCUCGCGAUCUCCUUCGCAUGAAAGAUCAUUCGGCUGAGAAGGAAUUCUACGACCGCCUCUACGAGAAGCUCCGCCACGACACCAGCUUUGAUGAAAUCUUUCGCCUGCCUUCGGACCGCGCGCUUCCCUUGAUCCGGGAGGAAGAUGCCGGCGCCUACGGCGGCAUUCCGAUGCAUUCUCGGGUCAAGAAUUCCCUCGCACUCGCCAAGAGUACGGCUGCCCGCCAGCUGGACGGCACCGACUAUGAGUGGAAGUAUCGGGGCCGCAGCGAGUCCGACGAGGACAUGCCUCAGCCCAUUGGCAGCCCGGCUGGUAUUGAUGCGCAGAAAGACGAGGGCUUCCAGAGGUUUUACAAGGCUGUCAUAUCGCCGACUCACGUUCGCGUCACGGCGGGAGGCCGGAUCGUACCCAACAACCGAGGUGCCUCGUCGCCGACGGUGAACCGGGCCAAGGGUUCGACGGCGGCAGAAGUCAGGCUUGCCGGCCGAACCAUGACGAGGGAUCAGCAGGACCUCGGCCAGUAUGCUAUUCCUCAGGUCCCAAUCGGUGCCUAUCCACAUAUGAUCCCUUUCAAUCCUGGAAUGACGCAUGGGGUCCAUCCUGGCAUGGCGGCCGCUCCCCCUUCCUUCCCCAUGAUGCCUUGGCAAUUCGGACCACUGGUCCACCACCUGCCUCACGUGGGCCAGAUUCCGGCUGCCGCUUCCAAUACGAGGAACCCGGUGCUUGCGGUGCAAGGUGACAGGCAAACCGAAGCCGGGAAUCCCGACGCCUCCGGCAAUCAUCGCAUGCCGCCGCCGGAGCAUUUCGAUCACAGUCGCCCCUUUGGCUACAACGGCCAGUGGAUGAUGCCUCAGGGGUUUCCCUACAGCCCCAUGCCUGUCGCUGGGUUUCCCGUCCCCAUGGCCGGGCCUCCGAUGGUGCAGCCCCGGUUUGGGGUCCAUGCCAUGAUGCAGGUCCAAGCCAUGCGGCCAGACUCGUCGAUGAAUUCUCACCCAUUGCCAUCCGCCAGCAUGUCGGCAUCGGCAGCCGUCGCAAACCCUCCCACCUCGUCGAUCCGCAAGAGCGAAGUGACGAGGCGGCAGCUGGCAAACCUCCGGCAACAUCUCAGGUAUGCAGAAGACCAGCUCCAGUAUAACCGGCACCAAAUUGACGAGGCCCUGGUCGAACAACAAAUCCUUUCGCUUCGUUCGCACAUCCAAAUGUUCGAGAAUUAUCUCGAGCUUCAUCUUAAGAGCGAAGAGAGCCAGAAGCAGAAGUUAGAAGGUGCCGACGAGUCGAGCGGCGCGCCGUCUUCUCGCGACGAACCUGGUUCGCAGGCUUUGGCGACGAGCGACGCGAAUUCAGGCCUCGAGGGCCAGAGUGUGUCCGCGUUGCAGGAUGAGGUGCAACAGAAUUGUGCUGUCAAGGAGCAGAAGAGUACCGAGAGGUCGACUCAACUUCCCCCGGGCUCCAGUUCUACCCGGCCACCGCCACUCAAGAGUGCUCUUAAGAAGCCUCGCGCUGCUGAACCCACCAAGAAGCAGUCUACUCUUCCGGUCGGUGCGGCCUUGGCCCCUCCAUUUCAGCCCCGAACAGAUGGCGCGACGUCGGCUUCGAUGAUUGAAUGCUCUGCGGGCUUGGCUCGCCCUAUUCCCCCGAGCGAUUCAUUGCCUAGCGUCCCGGCCGUGUUCGUCGACACGGGUGCGAACAUGAAUAACUCGACGCCUUAUCUUGUGGGAACCCUUCCUUGCGGCCUCGAUCCAGCUUUCGCGAGAGACACCGACUACCUGUACAAGCGCUCGCUGAGUGAAGACGAGCUUCGUGCUCGUCACAUGUAUUGGGGGAACACGCCUCGAAAUUUGCAAAAGGGGCUGCCCAAGUUUGACGGCAGGGACUUUUACCCGCCGUCUCCUGUCGGUGAUUCAUCGCCUGAACCCUCGCCUGAACCAGAGGCCGUGACCAGCCCGACGGUGCCGCGCCGCCGAGUCCCAGUUGGAACCCGUGCCGACUACGUCUUGACCAAGAAAAAGGCCGACAGCGACCCGUUCGGGUCCCUGCGAGCCGGAAAGAGGCCUGCUCGGAGCCAUGCGACACAAUCAGAGCACCUGCCGCCGAGGAUGGGAUCAUGCUCGGACUCCACGACGGCUUCGGUAGAUAUGAGUCCAGGCCAGGGUAGGAGCCAAAACGGGCGAAGCUGUGAAGACUUUCGCAAAGCUCUGGGCGAAGCUGUUCAGUCUGCUCCUAGUGGGUGCCAGGACAAGCCGGCGUCGGACUCUGGCGACGACUCGAAUAUUCUGUUCAAGGGCCGCAAGAACACAUGCAUCAGCAAGAGCAAGAGCUCUGGUGAUAUGCUGCCGACCAUGUUGAAGAAGGGCAAAUCGAGCGGGACGGCAGUUCCCGGGACGGUUUCGUCGAUGACGGCACGGGGUGUGCUGCCCAACUACGCCGGCCAUGCAACGGCGUCUCUUUCGCCGGCCAUUGCUACCAUUUCUGCCUCCCCAAAGAAUGUCUGCCCCAGGACUGCAGGUCCAGGCGAUGCCGGCGGUGUCGGCCGUUACGAGGAGACCAAGAUGGAGAAUCGACCUCCGGCCUGUUCCAACGUUAAUGGAAUGGCUCGUCGCGGCGGCUGCUGA